CGUUGGGAAACAGAGCAAAGCACUAAUAACGAUUGACAGGAUAACUAGCAAGUCCAAAAAAAAGCCGUUUAUUGAAAGGCCUGUACAAGAGAUGGACGUGAAAAUGGCAGCGCCGUCAGCAAAUCACAUGAAGCAGGACACCGGGGUGGGCGUGGCCACUGCAUAGUGCGGUUGCAUCGCAGCGCAUACACAAUGGCUGCCCGAAAGAGGAGAGAGCAAACAAUUUUCAGGCCCGCCGCGUCUGGCAAAAAAUAUGAGAAAAAAAUUACAAAAAAUUCGGAAAAUAGUUGAAAGUCAAGAAAAAGUCCACAGAAAGGAUGUGGAAGCUCCCAGGGCGCCUUAGUCCACGCUGGGAUGACAACCUAAAGCUGGACAUCGGAGUUACAUCAGCAUUUUUCGGGCACCCUGCUCUUCAUGUAGCUGGUCUGCUUUAGGGUGCCAUGGCCACUGGAACAGAGAACCGCCAUGACCGUGUUCUGGAGAAAGCCAAGCUUUCACCAACAUCAGGGAAACGCAGGAGAGCAGAAGGGAAACCCAAGAAGAAUUUUCCUUGUCAGGAGUGUCAGAAGGCAUUCAACAGCCUGGAGAAGUUGAGGGUGCACUCAUACUCUCACACAGGGGAAAGGCCGUAUCGCUGCUCUCAUCCGGACUGCACCAAGGCUUUCGUCUCCAAAUACAAGCUGCUACGGCAUAUGGCAACUCACUCACCAGAAAAAAGCCACAAGUGUUCAUACUGUGAAAAAAUGUUUCACCGCAAGGAUCACUUAAAAAAUCACCUGCACACUCAUGAUCCACACAAGGAGGCCUUCACCUGUCAGGAGUGCGGGAAGAGCUACAACACCAAGCUGGGCUUUAAGCGCCACCUGGCCCUCCAUGCUGCAAACAGCGGAGACCUGACCUGCCAAGUGUGCCUGCAGCUGUUCCCCAGCACUGUGGUUCUCCUGGAACACCUCAAAACACACGCAGGCAAGCCAUCUGGAGGAACCAAAGAGAAGAAGCAUUGUUGUGAACAUUGUGAGCGUCAGUUUUACACCCGCAAAGAUGUGCGACGCCACAUGGUGGUGCACACUGGACGCAAGGAUUUCCUCUGUCAGUUCUGUGCUCAGCGCUUUGGUAGGAAGGAUCAUCUGACACGCCACAUGAAGAAGAGCCACACCAGGGAGCUGCUGAGGGUAAAAACUGAACCAGCUGAUUCGCUGGAGACAGAUGUUUAUGAUUUGGCUACUGGAAGCAUCAAGGACGAGCUUCCAGCAACACUGACAACAAAAUCACACCAGGUUAACAUGUUCACAAGCUCCGACCUGGACACACAGCCCUUUUCUUCCCCUAGUAAUCCCUUUUCUUUAAAGUACCCACUGAGCUCCAACUUUACCUCAUACACCAUCACCUCACAUGAGAGGGAGCAGAAUCUAAAGGGAGAACUGGAGACCUAUCUAAUGGAGCUGCAGAACACCAUGCCAUCCUCAUCCUCUGCAUCUGUAGAGCCUCAAAUCCCGUCCUCCAAACUCGAGUUGUUACCUCAUGUAGGUAUGCUGGAGGAAGCAAGCGAGGAGGCAUCCCUUUCCAAAAUGUCCACGCCAGCAGCAGGUCCUGCAGCAGACUCUAUGGCCUCAUCUUCUUCACUUAUGGAUUUCUCCCAACUGUUCAACUUCUUGCCACACAAUGGGCCUCCAUACAAUCACGUAGGAAGUGGAGGGGGCAGCAUAGAACCAGCCAUCACUUUUCCUUCCUCUGAAGAAUCUGUUCCUCUACCCCAGCUGCCCCCCCAGAUGCCUGUGGGUGAAGAACCUGCAGAGAGCCCUCUCCAAGGACUCCCCUCCUCCUUCAUAUGUAGCCUGAGCACACCCACAACACUACCCCGGUUUCACCAAGCAUUUCAGUGAUGGAGUCUGUCCUGCCUAAUGCAGCUGAAACAGCCAGACAGGAUUCCAGUCAUUCUAGAUGGUCAGGUCAUUUGUUAAAAAGUGAAGAGACAAUUACAAAGCAGUAGGUGCAUGAUGACCAGGGCCAGCAGUUACAAACAUACACAGCUUUAUAUAUAUCUGGCUUAUUCAACCUUUAUUCCAGAUGAAUUACCCUGUUCUUUAUUUCUGGACAUAUUCUCCUAAAGUCUUUUUCUUUCAUAUUUUCUAAGCUGCUCCAAAGACAGAAAUUACUUAAAUAUCUAUCAGCUUCAAUGUUCCUCUUUAAUAACAUGAUAGAAAGUGUCCCUCAGCUUCAUGCUGAUUUAAUGCUUGUUGCAAUAAAUCAGUAAUAAGCAACUUAUUGUGAUAUGGAUAUAGUGAUAUAGAUAGCUCAUCUUUAACCUACACUGCCACAUUGUUGAAGAGUUUUUAUCUGGGACAUUUUCUCUAACUGCAGUAGUUCAGUUGAAUAACCCACAGUUUACUUAGAACUUAAUAAUCAUUCCUAACUCUUUAUGGAAACGUAUACCCCUGCUUUAGCUUUAUACGUUGCCGUAAAGUAGAGUGCUACUUUAGAUUUUAGUGUUGCCAUAUUUUUAAAGCACACCUCUGUAGUUUUGCGAUAAUUCAAACUCUAAUCAUUUUAACUGGGAAAACAUCUCCUAAUAUGUAAACUGUUUUGUUCAUGAAAUAGGUUGUAGACAUGACACAAUGCAAUAAAAGGACACACUUUACUCAAUCUGAAUCACUGAAAGCAAAUGACCAAGCUAGAACUACUGAGUAUCUACUUAACUUCCCAACAAUAAGCAAAGUCCACAAAACAAUAUAAUUGAAACUCCCAAAAUAUUGAGCUAAAAGUGAUCCAGCACUCAGUGAUUAGCAGUGAUAGGAUCUUUCUUCAACCCCAGUUAAUCACCCAACAAGAGGACCAAACUAUCUGUGGACAAGGUUCUGCUUCCCUCAUAUGCCUACGGAUAUGUAAAUGGAAACUGACUUACUUAAAAUGAUUUUUUGACCAAAUACCCAAACUAACAGCUGUUUCUCAUAAAACUAAUUGAAACAAUUUAAAUAACUCAACAAAACGAAUGGUUUCUCCACACAAAAUGCCCCUUUUGAUGUAAAUGACCCUUUAGGGACCAAAACCCCCAGGAAGUGGCUAAAAUCUGCAAAUACUUGAGACCCUCUCUAAAAAUGCUUAUAACUGACUUACAACUUUUAAAAAUAACUUUUAAAUACCGGAUAUACCUUAAUAUACAGUAAUAAACACAGUGGAAACUGUCUCGUCACUACAGUAGAACUAACGUCCUCCGUCUUCCUUGUUUCUGCUCUUUGGCAUCUGUCAUCAUCGAGGAAAAUGAAUGGUGCCCCUUGAUUGGCUCCUUUACAAAUGCCAGUAUGUCUUGUUGUAUUGCACAUUUCAGAUUCACAAGCUAUAUUUUCUUUAGAAUCUUUUUUUAAAUAUGCUCUAUGAAAAGAUUUGCAAAUAAGCAAAUUUUUCAAACUGUAUUUGGAGUAACGUAACAGAAAAAUACAUGAAUAGGUGAAUCCUGCAACUAGGCAGGGAGGGGCGUACUGUAUUAUUUACUGUAGCAUAUUAGCAAAGAGAAUUUUCAAUCUGAAGCCCGUAUACUUGAUUGCAUUGCUAAAAUCUGUGAUAAUGACAUUGAUUAUGACUAAGUCCAAAUUUUCUGGCUUUUGUUUGUUUGUUUCUUUCUUUGCCAUUUUAUAUUCCCAACAGUUCUCAGUGAGCUUUGCAUCAGCUACUAAAAAUCUAGAACCUCCAUGGACUUUAAGGACAGAGUCUAUCCUUCAGGUCAAAUAUGAUAUCUACAUGCAAAGAGUGAGUAUAUGAUACUUGAUAUAAGCAGUCUUUUGCAGUAUUGCUCACGGAGGACCCCUGUUGAUUCAACGUUCAGUUUAUGGAGACAGAUUUGUCUGUAAACCAUGUAACUCUAAAUGAUUUGCAAAUAUUUUGGACAGUAUAUCAACAUUUCUAAAGAAAAUAUACAAGCAAAAAUUUGUAAGUACAGCUCUCCUUCACAUCACAUGCUGUGGGCUGGUGGUUGCAAAACAGCCAAUCCAGGAGCUUCAUCAAUUUUCCUCGGCAAUGAUUGGCUGUAACCCCAAGAGUAGAGGUAGGGAAGACUGCGGACAGCAGCUGCUGCUAAGACAGUUUCCACUGUGUGUAUUAAUGUAUAUUAAGGUAUAAUUAUUGUCUCAAUGAUUAAAAUAGGCAGAUAUGGGGGUUUUAGGAGGGUUCUUAAUUAUUUGUGGAUUUUAGCCAUUCACAGUUGAUUACAAUCCCUAACUGUGGUGUAUGCUGGGGGUCCACUGCAACAUCAGCUUGCAAUUCCAUGUACUGUAUUGGUAUAUUAAGAACUUUAUGUACCAAUUAAAACUAAAGUUAUAAAGUUGACAUAAGUUUGGAGCGCUUCCCAUUUAAUACAGAGGCUUCAGUUCUAUAAUUAAUCCUCCUCCAAGAGUUUCUUUAAUAGAAGAAAACUUGGUUAUAGCUGAGAUGUUCAUCUGCUGCCCUGCAGAUGAACAUCUCAUGUGUGACAUGAAUCACACAAACCCCAGAAUGGUACCUGUACCAACACAGAUCAGGCAUAACUUUAUGAUCACCCGUCUAAUAUUGAAAUAUCUGACUAAAACUCCCAUCAGAGCUGAUUUUUAUGCUAUUAUUACAUUAGUAUAUUAUAUAAUGAUGUUUGAAACAUAAUUAGAAUAUUUAUAGUCAAGUCUUGUAAGUUUCCUCUACAAUAAACAAGAGUUCUAUCUCUUUCCUUCUAUUAAAGUAAAAUCUGCUCUGUUUAGACUUUGUUCAGGUCUUAGUAAUAUGAAUGUUGUGAUCUUCCAGAAAGUCUUUACCUAAUGAAUCAUUACACAUUCUCUUGAACUUAUCUGCUGUGGUCCCCAGAAGUCUAAAAAGUUUGAUUUUUAUGCAGGAAUGAAGGGAUAGGUUCCAACUGCUGACGAGGCAUGUGGACAGACGUAACAUGUCAAAGCACCACCACAGGUCCAAGAUGAGCCUUUCAGAACCAGUCCUAGUUCCAAUCCUUACAUUUCUUGAAGUGGAACUAAUAAUUGCCUUGCAUUCAAAUUUAUCAUGCCAAAACUGCCAAUGUCACAGAUUAGGGAGUAGAAAAUACCACAUGUUCUUUACCCAGGCAGCAGUUAGAUUUUUUUUGGACCCAUGGAGUGACUGUGGAUCAAUCAGGAGAGUAUGUGUCUUUUAUUUUGAAGGUUGAAAGUUACACUCCAACCUCUUCCAGUCUCAUGUUGAUGUAUCCUUGAGCUAGGCACUAAACCAAAAGUUCCCUACCAAUCUGUGUAUUGGUGUAUGAACGUCAGCGUUUGAGAGCAGUUAAUAUAAAAAAAUCAGUCCAUUUAAAGUUUCUCAUGGCAAAGAUCUGAUUUCUAAGGAUCCUGAUCUUGAUAACUGUUUCAUUUUCUGACGUUUUCUAUCUGUUCUGCUUUCCCAUAUUGUUUUGUCAUCAUGUGUUGUUGAUAUCCAUCAGCGUGUAGGUUGGUCACCAGGAGCUGCUGCUUUCACUGUCAGGUUACAAGUGAAGAACUCUCUCUUUUCCACUAGCUGUGGAAUCAUUUAAAAGUUUAAAAAAUAAGCAGACAUGAUUUGUGUGAGAGUGGUGAAAAAGGCAGUUGUUCUUGUAUUGAUGCAUGAAUGAUCUUUUCUGACAAAUAUCUGGGGUAGCUGAGAUUCUGUUGGAAAUAAAACCAUCUGAAAAGGGAAUGGAGAUCAGGGUUCAGAUGGAGAUCAGGGUUCAGAUCUCUAUCUGAACCCUGAUCAGAUGGAUCAGGGUUCCCUAAAUAAAUUGUUGUGUGGUUGAUCUAGAAAAACACCUGGUUUGGGUGACGUGUGAUUUCUGUUGAAAUGCACAGAACUGACAUUUCAUUAGUGUCCAUCAUGGUGUUCUUUACCUCACAGCUUCAGUAUUCAAAUCAUGAACUCCAGUUUCUGUUUAACAUUAAGUCCCCUUGUAUUCCUUCCUGAAUAAGGUUUUUGUAGAUCAUGUAAAAUAUAGAGUUGAAUGUUACUGUGUCAAAACAUUUAUCAGUGUGUGCUACCUGUAUUUUGUGAAAAUUUUAUGAAAAAUGUUUUUGAUUAUUGCAGCACUUUGUGUUCAUGAAAUGCCUUUAAUCUUCCAGUGCUUUUGGUUUAAAUGCUUAAUACAAAUGUAUAAAUGAUAUAUUUACCUUUCUUAGAGAACAGUAAAAUGUAAAUACAUUAUAAAUGUUUAUUUUUACAGUUUAACGUGUUGACAGUGUUUUUCCGAUAAAAGUGUACUUUUUGCUUUACUUGCACAGUCUGUAUGCAGUUUGAAACGCAUACAUUUUAGUUGAAGUUAACUAUCCAUACGCUCUUACAGGCGACGCCACGUCAAACAGGACUUAAUGAACAUUUUAACACCCAAAUAUAUCUUCCUCCAGCAUGUUUGAAUUCAAACUGAUGAUGCUUAAAAUAAGGUCUAUACAACCUGAGACAAACAAUACAUUCAAUUUUGCAUUGUCCUCAUUCAUCCAACAUUAAACUGAGCUACAAUGCAGAAGCAGAUUGUAGACAUUAAACCCAGUCUUUGAUUCAAUAACUACAAACAAUCAUCUCCUGUAUGAUCUUAUCAGAGUUCUGUGUUAUUAUUAGAGAAGUAUUUUCACAGAACUAUUUCAGUUGAAUUGUUGCUCAUAAGAGCUUUCAUCAGACUGGGUUCUGGACGGGAUUCGUUACUUUAAUUGCCUCAUUUGAUCCUUUUUCUGUUAUUCUGUUGUAGAUAUGAUUUGUCUUUUGGGAUGAGCUACUUGGGCCAAGUUUCAGCUGGAGGACAGAUGGCCUUAACUGUCUUGAGAACAUUGUGAAUGGCACAGAGCAGGGCUGCACGGUGGAGCAGCUGGUAGCAGCAAGAAGAUCCUGACUUUUCCCUUCCAUAGUUCAAAAACAUGACUGCAUUGUUAGUCUCUGUAAAAUUGCCCUUAGAGGUGAGUGUGUGUGCAUGGUUGUUUGCCCUGUGACGGCCUACCUCCCCACAGUGUACUCUGCCUCCCACCCAGUACCUGAAGAUACGUAGAACAUCUGUUGGGAAUAGACGAUGGCUGGAUGGUGCCGAGCUGUUCAGGGUGAACUUAAAUGAGCUCAAUGUAAAAUCAGGAUAAACCAUCACUUCCAUGCUCAACAGUAUAUAUGAAGAGUUAAUGCAGAACAUUUUAGCCAAAUAACUGUAGUGGCAUCUAACAGAAAUUUCUCAAGCUGGUUUGUUUGGAAUCUAAAUUUAAAAAGGAUGUAACAUGUGAGAUGUAGCUGCUGAAUGUUGAGACCUCCAGGUAAAUUCUGAUCCAUGUUGCAUGUUAUUGCUGUUGUAUUGACACCAAUACAGAAUGUGUGCUACAGAGCAACUAACUGCCAACUGUUUUUCUGAUGUAAAUGAGGGUGAACUUAAUUUUUAACACUCGCCUUCUGCGUUUUGCUUUGGUUUUUGGUAAAUAAAUCAAUUGUGUCAGAUGAAUUUGUUAUUUGUCACUCGAGGUUGUAUUCGUUUUAAGACUUGGUUUGAACCAGAUGAUUUAGGUAUGGUCCAUCAGCAUCCUUUGAAUUAAGGAAGGGUGUACUUACUUUUUCUGACACAAUUUCUGAGAUUGUGACAACAGAUUUGUUUGGUUUUGUUUUAUAAAUAUGUUAAUUUUGUCUAAGACAUUUUAGAUGAACCCAAAUAUUUAACAGUAGAACUUGUAUGUUAUCUAGAAUCCAAGGACUUUAAAUGAGAUGGUUAAAGAAAACAUAAAAACAAACAAAAGACCUUCCUGAUUUUGUCAAACAGUUAAAACUCUCAAGCUAUGUUCAAUUUUCCUUCUGAAAAAAAAUCUUUCUCUGGUGUUGUGGAGACAAGGCCACCAGUAAAAGGCAGACUGUAGGUCAUUUGGUGUCAGACGAAGUUAUAAGCUCCAGCAUUACCAGUGAUCUAUAUUGAAUGUGUAUGUAAGAAACACUGCAAUACUGCAAAAUGUUAUGGUAUUGGAACAAGCUGCUAUGUCUAAAGCUCCUUAAGGUGCUACAGACCUCUUUCUCUUAAAUGUAUUGUUUGUACAUGUAUCCAGCUUAGCUGAAAAGCUGCCAUGUGUGCCUGCUUCUACCUUAUAUACAUAUUUUUGUUGUACUGUGAGUCUUUGUUCAUCCGUUCAGACAUGCUUGUAAUUACAUGGUCCCAGUGUACUGCUGCAUACACCACCACCAUAUGUAAAGACGUUGAAAGAAAGAGAAGAAAGAUGGGAAUAUGCAGAGUAUGUGCUGAUCCUCAAACGUUUUGCAUGUUGAGAGAUAAACUUCAUCAGACGUGUUGGGUUUGCUGCUUGUUCUGUUUCAGCAUUUUCACCCACAUUGUCAAUAGCAAAGUCAGAGUACAAUCUCUACAAGUUGAUAUACAUUUUCCAUUUUCCCAAACUACUGCCAUAUUUUAUACAUAUAGGCAAAAUAAAUCAUACAUAUAAGUACAAAUACAUAUGUGUUUAGAUGGUGAAAAAUCAAUGCUGCAGCUUUUAUCAACUGUUUUUUUCCUUCUUUAUCUUUUUAAACAUUGUCAUUAUCCAAAGAAAGUUUAUUUAUUGGUUGGCAAAAUAACCAGACUUCAUUCAAAUACAAUGCUGCUAUGAAAGAGGAGAGCUGCAUUUGUCAACUCUCAUGUUUUUACUCAGUGUAAUGAAAGUUCAAUAAAGUCAAGGAAAAUAAUCAA